ACGUCAGUUACAGGACUAUGUUCCUGUCUCGCAACAAACAACAUCAACAUACAGUACAAAACAAACAACAAGCAACACAGAUCUGUUCCCUUUGCAUGCUGAUUGAUUGAAUAAGCUCAGCUUCUCUAUUGAACGCAAAGAAACAAAGCAUCAAACAUGACUCUGGACGCAGCCAUUCGAGAAAGAGCCGAAAACUGGGCCAAGCUGGAUCCAAAUCCGGUGACUUCCAAGUAUGUGCAGGAGUUGCUCGAACAGGCUUCGAGUCAAACUGAUGCCGCCGAGAAAAUCUGCAAUCUCUUUCCAGAUGGCCGAAUUGGCUUUGGGACGGCGGGUCUCCGGUCUACCAUGACACCUGGGCCGAUGGGGAUGAAUGACCUCGUGGUGGUCCAGGCUGCUCAAGGGAUUGCCAAGUAUGUGCUGCAGCAGAAUCCAGCCAAGGAGGGAGAAAGGCUAGGCGCAGUCAUUGGUUAUGAUCAUCGAGAGCAAAAGUCACUGGAACUGUCGUCACUAUCAUUUGCCUUGCUGACGGCGUUGGUUUUUCAGCAGGCUGGUCUGGAUACCGUCCUGCUAGAUGGAUUCGUUGCCACUCCAUUGGUGCCAUUUACUCUCUCCAAGAGAAAAGCUGUGGUGGGUAUAAUGAUCACUGCGUCGCACAACCCCAAAAAUGAUGCUGGCUACAAGGUAUAUUGGAACAAUGGAUGUCAAAUACGAGCUCCCGUGGACAAGGGGAUUGCAGAGGCGAUUUUGGAAAAUUUGACUCCUUGGGUUAAUUACGGAGCCUUGUUGAAGGCAAGAAAGGAACAACGUUCGGCAGAACCAUGCUUGGGCCUCAGUAGCCCCGACACGACAAAAGAAAUGAUUACUGCCUAUUUUGAAACCAUCAAAAGUUGUGGUUUGGUGACUGGUCAGGCUAGUCUUUUGAGCCAAUUCAAAGACGAUGCUUGGAAACCUCCUUCCAUCGCCUACACAGCCAUGCAUGGAGUGGGCCUGCCAUUUGCUGUCAGAUCCUAUGAAACGUUUGGGUUUCCGCCCUUUCAAGCUGUUCCCAGUCAAAUGAAUCCGGAUCCGUCCUUUCCCACGGUACCAUUUCCCAAUCCAGAAGAAAAGGGUGCGUUGGAUAUCUCGAAAGCAUUUGCAGAAGAACACGGCUGCGAUGUGAUCAUUGGCAACGAUCCCGACGCUGAUCGUCUUGCUGUGGCAGAACGAGACAGAAAGACGGGAAAGUGGACGGUUUUCACGGGGGAUCAAAUCGGUAGCAUGCUGGGUUGUUGGCUUUAUGAACAAGUCGGAAAACCCAGUGGGAAGCGUGUAUCAAUGUGUGCAUCUACAGUCUCCUCUAAGAUGCUUGCAGAAAUUGCUCGUGUAGAGGGCUUUUACUUCGAAGACACUUUGACUGGGUUCAAGUGGAUUGGUUCUCGGGCGGAGGAACUCAACCGAGAAGGAUACUUUGCAUUGUUUGGGUAUGAAGAAGCAAUUGGAUUCAGUUGUGGAAACGUUGUAUUUGACAAGGAUGGGAUCAGUGGCCUCGGUGUGUUUACAGAGCUCACGUACAACGUCUAUCAAAAGGGGAUGAGCCUGGCACAGCACAUGCAAAGCCUAUACGACAAGUAUGGGGAAUUCUGUAGCAACAAUGGAUACUUCAUUCUUGAGGACCCCAGUGUUGUGCAAAAGAUCAUGGACAUUAUGACCUGCAAUGGGCAAUUCAUGUUGGAUACCGUAGGCCCGUACAAGGUGGAUUCCACGCGAUACUUGGGCGAACCUGCCUACGAUUCAACCACCGACAAUAAACUUCCCCGGUUGGCAACAUCGAAAUCAUCCCCAAUGAUAACGCUUCGCUUCACCAAUGGUUGCGUGGCACAAUUUCGAGCAAGCGGCACAGAGCCAAAGUUCAAGUAUUACAUUGAAAUGAAAGGCCAGGUGGGGGCUUCGAGGGAGAACGUGGAAGCCGAGCUGAUGAAGUUUUCAGAGACAAUCAUACGAGAGUUGGUCAAACCUGAGGAGCAUGGUUUGAUUGUCCCAUCCAAGGGAUAAGUCAACAACUAGGCCAUACGCUCACAGAAAAGAAAACGAUAGACAAGCUAAUAGAUGUCGUAGCGUAGCGUUCAUUUAUUGGCAAUUGCGCAAUAGCAUAGCCACAAUCGCCAUUACCUGGUACUGUCUACAUGCUAGAACCCUUCCCCACGAAACGCCCGGUCAAAUUGAGCGACAGCUCCCGGACCUUCCGGAAGCGCCCUAGAUCCAAG